UAAGUCUCUUCGCUUACGCCUUUGUCCAUAGUCAAUUGAUGACGAUUAAUCCCAAAUAACCCAGAAAAUAAAUUAUCAAACAAAGCGAUCAUCAUAGCAGGCAAUCAAUUUUGAAAGUUUUGUGAGGUAAAAAUGAUGAGCGUCAUCGCGGAUGUCAAUCACCAGAGAAUCAAGACAAAUGGUAUAUGGAUGCACAUAGCUGAAAAAGGAACAGGGCCACUUGUUUUACUCCUCCAUGGCUUCCCUGAGAUAUGGUAUUCCUGGCGCCAUCAAAUCAACUUCUUGGCAAAACAUGGUUACCACGUAGUUGCACCUGACUUGAGAGGCUAUGGAGACACUGACUCCCCUCUCAGCCCCUCUUCUUACACUGCUUUCCACAUAGUUGGCGAUCUCAUCGGCCUUCUGGAUCAUUUUGGCCAAGACCAGGCCUUUGUGGUGGGGAUAGACUGGGGAGCUGCGGCUGCUUGGCAGUUGAGCCUGCUCAGGCCAAAUAGAGUUAGAGGUAUAGUUGCUCUCUCGGUUCCAUUCACACCAAGAUUUUCAACCAUCAAAACGACCGACUCAUUCAAACAGAUGUUUGGAGAUAAUUUCUACGUUUGCCAGUUUCAGGAACCUGGAAGAGCAGAAAGAUCAUUUGCGAGGUAUGAUUAUCUUACGGUGAUGAAGAAAUUCUAUCUCAUUAGCAAGACCGAUCAGCUGAUAGCUCCUCCUGGUAUGGAGAUUAUUGAUUAUUUAGAAACCCCUUCAUACUUACCACGCUGGAUUACAGAAGAUGAACUUCAGGUCAUCGCUGACAAGUUCCUAGAGUCUGGUUUUACAGGAGCUUUCAAUUACUACCGAGCUAUGGACCUGAAUUGGGAGCUACUUGCACCGUGGCAAGGGUCUAAAAUAACAGUUCCAGCAAAGCUGAUUGUGGGGAACAAGGAUAUUGGAUUUGAUUCUGGCACCAGGGAGUACAUAGAAGGAAAUGUGUUCAAGAGCCUAGUACCCAACCAUGAAGUCGUCAUACUAGACGGCCAUCAUUUCAUCCAACAAGAGAAAGCUCAAGAGGUUUCCGAACAAAUUCUAUCCUUCCUCCGAAAAUUUCCUGCCAAGUAAUGGGACUUUAUACGUCAUGCUUUGUAGAGACUCUACAGUCUACAGAAAGCUGUAACGUUGGCCGAAAUUUUGUUGUUCAAAUGCGAAGACACUGAAUCAGAUAGACCUCAAUCAGCGUGGAGCUUUUUCGGUGGAAUCUUGCUUUCUAAUAACCCACAGUGGGGGAAAAGUAACUGGAAUGUAUUACAUUAUUCCAAGUACCAAUUUAGAAAUAGAUUGUAUGUGGCUUUCUUUUUUUCUUUUUUUUUUUUUG